UUCCGGUGGCGGCGUUUUGGCGCGCGGAGCGGCAGGGCCGGGCCGGGCCCGCCAUGUCCCGCCUGGAGCCGCCGCCCGCCGAGCCCGGCGCCGCCAUCGAGCGGCUCUGCCAGGAGCUCAACCUGGACGCGGCCAGCGCCGCCGAGGCGCUGCGCGACUUCACGGCGCUGCGGGGCACCUACAGCCUGGAGGGCGAGGCGCUGCACUGGCUGGCCUGCGCCCUCUACGUCGCCUGCCGCAAGAGCCUGGUGCCCACCGUGGGGAGCGGCCUGAUGGAGGGGAACGGCGUGUCGCUGACCAGGAUCCUGCGCUCCGCCAGGCUCAGUUUAAUUCAGUUUUUUAGCAAAAUGAAGAAGUGGAUGGACAUGUCAAAUCUACCACAGGAAUUCCGAGAGCGAGUAGAGAGGCUGGAGAGAAAUUUUGAAGUGUCAACUGUGAUUUUCAAAAAGUUUGAACCAAUAUUUUUGGAUAUAUUUCAAAACCCUUACGAAGAAACUUCUAAACCACAGCGAAGCAGGAAACAGAGGCGGGUGCCGUGCAGUGUUAAAGAUCUCUUCAACUUCUGCUGGACUCUCUUUGUGUACACUAAGGGUAAUUUCCGUAUGAUUGGAGAUGAUUUAGUAAAUUCCUAUCAUUUGCUUCUGUGCUGCUUGGACCUGAUUUUUGCAAAUGCCCUUUUGUGUCCAAAUAGAAGAGAAUUGCUAAAUCCAUCGUUUAAAGGCUUGCCAGCGGACUUCCACGCGACAGAGAUCAAAGCCUCUGAAGAUCCUCCUUGCAUCAUUGCCACACUAUGUGAGCUGCAUGAUGGGCUUUUAGUAGAAGCAAAAGGAAUAAAGGAACACUACUUUAAGCCAUACAUUUCAAAACUAUUUGAUAGGAAGAUCUUAAAAGGAGAAUGUCUGUUGGAUCUUUGCAAUUUUACAGAAAAUAACAAAGCGCUGAAUAAAGAGUAUGAAGAGUAUGUUCUGACAGUGGGUGACUUUGACGAGAGAGUUUUCCUAGGAGCUGAUGCUGAAGAAGAAAUUGGCACUCCUCGGAAAUUUCCUGCAGACAUGCCAGUAGGGAAAACAGCAGCAAGAGCUCAUGUGGAGUGUCAUCUUCAGCAGCAUUUUGAAAAGAAAAGGUCAUUUGCUCCUUCAACUCCACUGACUGGAAGGAGAUACCUACGAGAAAAGGAAGCUGUCAUCACACCUGUUGCUUCAGCAACACAAAGCGUGAGCCGGUUGCAGAGCAUUGUGGCUGGAUUGAAAAACGCACCGAGUGAACAACUUAUAACUAUUUUUGAGUCUUGUGCACGCAGCCCUAUGGAAAGCAUUAUGAGCAGAGUGAAAGAAAUAGGCGAGAUGUUCUGUCGCAGCUACACUCAGUCAACAGAUGAACAGCCAGGAUCUCAUAUAGAUUUUGCUGUAAACAGAUUAAAACUGGCAGAGAUCUUGUACUAUAAAAUCUUGGAGACUGUAAUGGUGCAAGAAACACGAAGACUACAUGGGAAGGAUCUGACUGCUCUCUUGGAACAAGAUGUCUUUCACCGCUCGCUCAUGGCAUGCUGCUUGGAGAUUGUGCUUUUUGCAUAUAGCUCACCUCGUACCUUUCCCUGGAUCAUUGAAGUUCUUGACCUCAGGCCAUUCUAUUUCUAUAAGGUAAUUGAAGUACUGAUUCGGUCUGAGGAUGGACUUUCCAGAGACAUGGUGAAGCACCUCAACAGCAUUGAGGAACAAAUUCUCGAGAGUCUCGCCUGGACUCGGGACUCAGCACUCUGGAAUGCUCUCCAGGCCUCAGAAAACAAGGUCCCAACCUGUGAAGAAGUAAUAUUUCCCAGUAAUUUCGAAGCAAGCAAUGGAGGAAGUGGGCUUGGGCAUUUGCCUAUGAUGCCGAUAUCUCCUAUAAUUCAUCCUCGAGUAAAAGAGGUUCGGACAGAUCUUGGUGGGAGUUUAAGACGGGACAUGCAGCCAUUGUCACCAAUCUCUGUUCACGAGCGCUACAGUUCUCCUACAGCUGGAAGUGCUAAGAGAAGGCUCUUUGGAGAUGACAGCCCCAAAGAAAUGCAGAUGGAAAAAAUUUUAACUGAAGGAACUAAGUUGACAAUUGCUCCAGCAUCAAGUAUUGCUGCUGAAAAUGUGUCGGUUUCUCCUGGCCAAACAGUACUGACCAUGACAACAGCUACAGCACCAGGAAAAACUGGACAGAAGUUUUCUAUCCCACUGCACGGUAUUGCAAAUGAAAUGGGUGGAAUCACGCUGAUACCCAUUUCGAUGAAUUUAGGUCAGCCAUGUGAAAUGGAGGCUCAGGCUCCCUGCCACUCUCAGGUGAAUCAAGUACAAGAAGUGCAUCUGUCAUCAGCAAGCAAACCAAAGAAAACAGGAUCCUUGGCCCUGUUUUACAGAAAGGUUUAUCAUCUGGCAAGUGUGCGCUUGCGUGAUCUGUGCUUAAAAUUGGAUGUUUCCAAUGAUUUGCGCAGGAAGAUAUGGACAUGCUUUGAAUUCACAUUGGUUCAUUGUGCUGAUCUAAUGAAGGACAGACAUUUGGACCAGCUCCUCCUCUGUGCCUUUUAUAUCAUGGCAAAGGUAACCAAAGAGGAAAGAACUUUUCAGGACAUAAUGAAAAGUUACAGAAAUCAGCCACAAGCAAACAGCCAUGUUUAUAGGAGUGUCUUGUUGAGAAAUACUUCUGCCGACGUCCUAUUGGACAAAAACGCAAACCAAGAUGUGGAGAUGACAGAAGACUCGUCUGUGAAAACUGGCAGUUCCUCAGGACAAUCUGCAGCAGAGAACUCCAGUGAGUCGGGAACAGAGGAGAGAGGAGAUCUUAUUAAAUUUUACAAUGCAGUCUAUGUAGGAAGAGUAAAAUCAUUUGCACUGAAGUACGAUAUCACAAACCAGGAUCACAUAAUGGAAGCCCCUCCCUUGUCUCCAUUCCCCAACAUUAAGCAACAGCCAGUGUCUCCUCGACGGAUCUCUCAGCAGCAUUCAGUUUACGUUUCGCCUCACAAGAACGGUGCCUGCUUGACACCUCGAACUGCACUACUGUAUAAAUUUAAUGGGAGCCCUUCAAAGAGUUUGAAGGACAUCAACAAUAUGAUAAAACAAGGUGAACACAGGAGUAAGAAGCGAGCAAUAACAAUUGAUAGUGACACUGAAUCCCCUACAAAGCGACUCUGCCAGGAAAAUGAUGAUGUUCUACUUAAACGUCUCCAGGAUGUUGUCAGUGAAAGAGCAAAUCAUUAAAACUGCCUUUUUUCUGUGGGAUCUGAAAGCUGUGGGGUUGGAUACAGCUGUUGCGCUAUGUAUUUCUUGCUUUUGUAUACAGACACUGCCAAGUUUCUUUAACAUUGAACUUUCACCUGGCUUCCACAGGAUGCAAAAAGCAAGCGUUAAGUAGUAAACACCAGAUAAUGAGAGGUGGUGAUGAUCUUCAUUCCCAAAGGCCACGCUGUGCUAUAAGUUACUCUAUUUGAGCUGUUUUAGCAAGAGUGAUCUGUAGAAAGCCAUAUUGGAUGUUCUCGAGCCUAAUUUAGAGCAUUGUGAGUUCUGAGUGUAACUCAGCUUCUAGUAACAUUGGGUUUAUUUUUUGAAUAAGAAUGAGAAGGAGAUGAGUGAAGUCAGUUAAGUUUCCUCAAGCUUUUGGUAUUUGGGGAAGAAACUUUAAAAGUGCCUUAUUUUAAAAGAAUGUCAAAUUUUAUGCAUUAUUUUACCGUGGAGUAACUGGAGUGGAGAACAAGUUGAUCGUUUAGCCUCAGGAAGAGCUGAGCUGUUUUGAGCUAUGAUUUGUGCUGUGCUCCAUCUCCUAUCAGAACUUCAGUAAAUCUGUAUGUUAUGAUGUGGAUCAGACAGCUUUUGCAAUAACAAAGGCAAUAAUCAAAAAGUACAAAUAGCAGUGACACUUAAAUUGGACACUUGACAUCUGAUAAAGCACUGAGAUAUGGUUCAGUGAGUCUGAAUUACCUUUCUCUUGAGCCAGGGAAUGUUGCCAUGGGAGCUGCUUCUUUCCAGUUGGAAGCCUGAUAGCAACCCUGCUGUAGAAGCUGUUCAUACGCAUUGCAGCCUACCCAUGAAGAAGUACAAGCUGGUUACAGUUGAAAAACAGCUGGGGCUUUGGCCAUCUUACACCUGUUCAAACGCAAAGAUUAAUUUAACAAUUGUACCUCUUCAUUUUAUUUUUUCCUGAAGAUCUUAGCCUCUUGUGUAGUAUCUACACUGAAUGUAAGCCCAUCAGAUAAGGCGUGUUUGUAUAUAUGGGGUUUUUAUUGCUAGUAAAGGCUUGGAUUCAUUGGAAAUCUGUAAAUUCCAGCAUCCAAUUCUUGUAACUGAGUUUUUAACGCUGAGGAUUUAGUAGGGUUUAUUUUACCAAAAUGGAGAAAAGUCAAGGUUUGUUCAUUACUGUAAAUCAGUAGCUUGAUCUUAUUUUGUAAUUGCAUUUAAUUUUAGAGCCAUAGAGAAACUUCUCAGCACUGUAUUUUUCAGUUUAUAUGUAUAUUGAACUGAAAAAAAAAAAACUGAACGAUUACAUAGGACUUGUUUAAGGAGCUCUGUUUACUUCAUUGUUUGGUUUGUUUAGUAUAUGGUGCAAGAUCUGCUGUACCACAGUUCCAGGGAAGAAUACUGCAAUGAUUUCAAGCAGUUUCAGCUAAUGAAUCUGGCCAGCAAUGAUGGAGGAAAAAAGUAUCUAAAAGUGUAUGUGUGCAGGGACCCUACUCAGCAGUGAGUAGAAAGUUUACAAACUCUGUAAUUUGUUUUUGAAUUAUUAAUUGCUUAAAUAUUUGAUUUUUUUUUUUUUUUUACUUUCCAAAAAAGGUGCUUAUUUCUGAAAGGUUUGACCGUAGAGAGCUGCAGUAUGAGGAAAUGGCCAUGCAGUGGACUAGGUUUCAUGUAGAUUCUUGUGUUCAGUUCUUUUAAUUUUAUUCAAUUUUUAAUAUUUUUCUUCACAUCUUGAGAUAAAAAGUACAAGAGAAACAGCCUUUCUGCCUUGAUCUGCUCAUCAGUGCUGUUACAACUAUAACCAUUCAGUGUAUGUACCCCACUCCCUAAAAGCCUCCUGUGUUGUGGGGGAAAUGGGAAAUCUUGAUUUUGCUUUCAGUAGGGUCUGCUUUAUUUGCGUGGAGGAUUGCAGCCUUUCUGGAUGGGAAACAUAUGAUCAGGUGUAACAGCGUAAGUCUUUCAGCAAUAUUGUAUGACCAGAGUUGAUUUGGUUUUAAUUAACAUCAUGUGCAGAUCUCUUCUUACGUAUCUGCUCACCACACUGUUACUGUAUUCUCUGAAACUAGAAAACUGAUGGUGCUAAAGUCCUUAUCCGUUGUCAUUAAGUGUAGUGUUUUUUCAUUAGAAAAACGAAUGUACAACAACUGGAUGCAGUUCAGAUUUUUUCAUCUUUUUAGGUGAUGGUAAAAAAAUAUAUUUGGACUUGUUGAACAGCUAAAACAAUAGCUUGUAUGAAAAGUUUGUAAUGGUUUUGAAGUGCCUUCAUGUGUAAAGAUGUAUUUUAUAAUAAACAAUUAAAAAGUA